GCAAUCCCAGGCCAGGACAGAAAGUUUGGGUGUGAAAAAAAUUAUCUUAAAAUAUGAUUGACUCACAAAAAAUAUUGUUAGUUUCACCUGAACAUCACUAUAUAAACUCGUGUCAAUGAUUGGACCAUUAGAAGGCUAGGUAAACUGUUGUAGAAAUAGAACCAAUUUGAAAAAAAAAACGACAACUGGUUGCCUACACAAAAUGGAGGGGUACAAUUUAGAAAACCUACAGUCAGACUUGAGGAUCGAGCUUGUGAAUGGUCUAACAGGAGAGAAUGUUGAGUCGGUGAAGGAACUGAUGUCUCGUUAUAAAAGUGACCCCCAGGACUGGAAGGACAUGGAGAAAUGGAGCGAUAUCAAGUACACAAGGACUUUGCUGGACAAAGGUAACGGCCAUUAUAAUCUGAUGAUUCUGUGCUGGAACGUUGGACAGGAGAGCCCCAUACACAACCACCCCAACUCACACUGCUUCAUGAAAACACUAGAGGGUGUGGUCCACGAGGAACUCUACAGGAAACCGGAUAUGACGUCGUGUCAAUGUUCAUGCGGAUGCAAGAUGGAGAAGAUUGGAGACAGGGACUAUGCAGUAAAUGACGUGGCCUUAAUAACUGACAAAGAUGGCGUGCACAGAGUUGGAAACAGAAGUCACGUGGACAGAGCCGUGACGCUACAUCUCUACUCGCCGCCAUUUACCACGUGUCACAAGUAUGACGACGACACGAGCAAAGAGACGGAGGUCCCCAUGGGAUUUGAUCAGGACUUCAGUAGUCGGUGUUGUAGCACCACAUGCUCCAGUUAAUCAUUUUAUAUUAAAAACGAUGUGCAGAUUUUUUUUUACUGUAAUAGAAUCUCAGUGUACCAUUUGAGUAAACCAUGUUCGUGUGUAUUUAUUCAUACAUAAAUUCACGCAUGGUGGAAAGAUUUGUAAAUUAUUUAUUUCCAUAGUUUGCUUUUUGUCAGCUUUGAUUUCACUACAUUCUGUUAAUAUAUAAAAUAUGGUAGAAUUGCAAAAUUGAAUCUUUGCCAAACAUUCUUGUAUAAACCUUGAAUGUGAUGUUGUUCUGUAGAUGGAAAUAUCAUUCCACAUAUUAUUGCAACACAAAUGCAAUUUGACAUUUAGUGUCUUUUAAGAUACAUAUACCUUAAACAGAGUUAUGGUAUUAACACUUUUCCAGUAAAAACAGUUUGCUACUUUCCCCAAACUCUUACCGAAUUAACUCUGGUUUGUCAUUUGUUUCCCUUUUUUCAAAAAUGAUAUAAGACUUAAACUUAUACAGUAUCUUUAAUGCGAAUUAAAAAAAAAAUCACUUGUCCCGUAUGGAGUUAAACAUCUGUUUCGGAAUUGGAUAUGCCAUUUUUAUUUUACUUUUUGUACAUCUAGUAUGCUGAUAUGUAUUGAUAAAGGUGUUUAACAUCUUAUGAUUAUUAGUCUUUAUUAAUAUUAUUAUAUUCAUAAGUGGAAAAAUCUAAUUGUCAUGUGAAUUCUGAUGUUUCCAAGCUACUUUUUUUAUUGUGUUACAUGUAUUGCAUCUUAUUUCAAACAUAUGUUUUAGUCACAAACAAAUAAAGCGGGUGGACAAUGUAGCUUUUUGGACAAUCAUUUAAAGGUAUGUGUAUUCCGAAAUGAGUACGGUUGAGUAAUAGUUAACCGAGAGUUUAGAUAUUUAUGUUCUAAUAAAAUGGAGA